UUGACCUAACCAUGAGGCCACUGCACCUCCCAUAUGACAUCAUAAAUUGAUAAAAUUGUGGUCAAUUUUGUUGUUAAAAAUUUGGACCAUUAAUUGCAUUCUGUUUUCUUACAUUUUGAAGUUAUGAUGGCUCUUGCAUGUGUGCUUGUCACACAUUGUAUAUUAAUUUAUGUGCUCACUGAUUAGAUGACUAUGGAUGAGAAAUAUGUGGAAGAUAUUUGGAAAUUUCUGAAGACUGCCUUUCAGCAGAUUCUGUCGUCUGAGGAGCUAUUUAAGUCACUUUCAUUUGAGGAACUGUAUAGGCAUGCUAGCGUUCUGGUGCUUCACGGGCAUGGAGAUAGGUUAUACUCUGGAAUCCAGGAACUUGUCACAGAACAUCUGGUAGAAAAGGUAUGCAACGAUGUAUCACUUUCACACAAUGACAAUUUCCUGGACACACUGAAUACUGCCUGGUCUAGAUAUCAGGUAUCGAUGGUCAUGAUUAGAGAUGUCGUUAUGCUUAUGGACAGAAAAUGGUCUUCACAAAAUGGUCUUCACAAUGUUUUCACGUUAGGAUUAGUUCUUUUUAGGGACUUGGUAAGUUGUUUUUUUGAAAUUAUUUUCUUGAUUUUUGUGCAUUGGAACCUCGUCAAUCCGGUCACCAAUGGGCCACAAAAAUCUUGCCAUAUUAAACUGUUCUUUCAAUAAGAAAAUGGCUGACUGAGCUUUUGUUUGGGCCAGAAUAAAGUAGCCGUAUUAACGGGGUGGCCUUAAGGCUGGGUUCCACUGUAUAUGUACAUGACUGGAUUUAUGAAAACCGUGUCAAUACUUUGUGCCAAAUCACCCAUAUGCACUUUGAAUUCAUGACUCCUAAGGGCCUUAAAAUCACUUCAAACUAUGGGAAGAGAUUGGAGAAAAAAAAGUUUGACGUUCCUUUUAAUUUGUAUAUCGUUUGUAUAUCGUCAUUGGCGAAAACACUGUUUUCGUAAAUCCAGACAUGCUUGUAUUUGGUAACAAACAAAUUGCCGUCAACUUCCUCAUGCGUUCGUCCUUGUAUUGAUUGCAUAUGUAAUCAUUGUUAUGGCUGCAUGGGUUUGCAUCAUGAUCCACAGAGUACUUUGUCAAUGUUAUAAUAAGAUUCAGAGUCAAUGAGAGGACAUACGCAUAACUUUUCACAACAACAAAAAGCGAAAAUGGUUAAGGGUAGACUAGUGAAUCUUUUAGACACGAGAUGCUGUUAAGUAAAAGUAUGAGAGAACCAGAAACAAGAUUUCCUUGAUUCUAUUCUUGCAUCAGUAAGGUUCCUUUGAACACAGCAAAAGAGAGAGGUUUCCAUUAACGGAAUUCCGCCUCAAACAUUAGCUAUUAAAAUAGUACAAUCUAGUUUCAUAUGAAAGUAAUGUUUCACGAUUCUGAUGAUUCUGUCUUCAAACAGUUCCCAUUAAGAUGUCACUAGUCGCUUUUAAUUCAUGUCAGUAGUUAGGUAUGCGUAACACUCUGUAAAGGUAUUGACGUCACCUUUGUGCCUGUCAAGGGGAAAUUCUAAUUAUUAUUAAAGUGCCUAUGAAGUGAAAAUUGUUUUU